AUGUCGAUGAGCCCUAAGCAUACGACUCCUUUUUCUGUUUCCGAUAUCUUGAGUCCCCUUGAGGAGAGCUAUAAGAAAGUAAGUAUGGAGAAUAACAACUUGGGGGCACCUCUCACUUCUUACCGGCAGCCGCAGGUCUCUCAGGCGGCGAUGCAACAGCACCACAUGGGCCAUAAUGGGACUGUGUCUGCGGCUUACCACAUGACUGCGGCAGGUGUUUCUCAGCUGUCACACACUGCCAUGGGGGGCUACUGUAAUGGCAACCUGGGCAACAUGAGCGACCUUCCCUCCUACCAGGACGGCAUGAGGAGCAGCGCCACGGCCACCGGCUGGUACGGAGCCAACCCUGAUCCACGCUUCUCCACCAUUUCUCGUUUCAUGGGCUCCUCCUCGGGCAUGAACAUGGGCAGCAUGGGUAGCCUCAGCUCCCUGGCAGAUGUGGGUAAAGGCAUGGGUCCUCUGUCCAGCACCCCGAGGAGAAAAAGGCGAGUGUUAUUCUCGCAGGCUCAGGUCUACGAGCUGGAGCGACGCUUCAAGCAGCAGAAAUACCUCUCAGCGCCGGAGAGGGAGCACCUGGCCAGUAUGAUCCACCUCACCCCGACCCAGGUCAAAAUUUGGUUUCAGAAUCACCGGUACAAGAUGAAGAGGCAAGCUAAGGACAAAGUGUCCCAGCAGCAGAUGCAGCAGGACAGCGGCUCCUGCCAGCAGCAGCAGUCCCCUCGGAGGGUGGCCGUGCCAGUGCUGGUGAAGGACGGGAAGCCGUGCCAAGGCAGCGGCCACACUCCAACAUCAUCCUCACAGACCCACCACCAGCAAGGUGGCAAUGUAAUGAUCAUGUCCAAUAACACGUCUGGCCUCGGGCAGCAUCAGAGCCAGCAGGUGGGAAGCACAGGUCACUCGCCAGAUUUGGCGCAGCACUCCUCCAGUCCUCCGUCUCUGCAGAGCCAAGUGGCCGGCCUCUCCCACCUGAACUCCCCCGGUGCAGAGUACGGCUCAGCCCUGCAGUGUUCAGCCCUGUUAUACGGCAGGACGUGGUGA